CAAAUCCCAAGUGCCAGAGAUGGUACUAAAGGACAGACGGCAGCGCCUAGCCUACUGCUUCUAAAGAGUGAUGAAGAGCGAAUGAGGGAAUGAAAGCGACAGCAGCCGCUGCAAAAAGCCAAGUACUCUGGUACUCCAAUUUCCACUCUCCUGCUGCUAGGGCUAAGUCCAGGUCCCGUUUGAAGUUUAAACCCUCUCUCCCUCCGAUCCUGGAUGUUUACUACGCUUUCCCGUCUCGCCCGACUUACCCUCGGUUUUUCUCUCUAGCUGCUUGCUUCUCAUAAUCCUAGUAAUAAUUGUGUAUUUAAUAGUUUACUCCCAGACCCAGUAAUCAAUCAGACUACUACUAGGACUUGCUACUAAUAAUUCCCAUUCCCCGUCCCCACACCCAUAGUGCCAUAGAGAGAGAGAGAGAGAGAGAAGCGAAGAUGAAUGAGGGGGGAAAUGGAAAUAGAACUGGAAAUGCCAGUGAUGGGGAUGGUGGUGUGGGGUUUGUGAGGGCGGACCAGAUAGAUCUGAAGAGCAUAGACGAGCAGCUUCAGAGGCAUCUCAGCAGGGCGUGGACCAUGGAGAAGAACAAGAAAAACACUGAUGAUAAUGGACAAGGAGAAGAUGGUGGGAGGGGGGUACCAAUCACGUAUGACUGGGAAAUCGACCCCUCCAAGCUCAUCAUCAAGUCCGUCAUUGCUCGCGGCACCUUCGGCACCGUUCAUCGGGGCAUUUAUGAUGGCCUUGACGUCGCAGUAAAGCUUCUUGACUGGGGAGAAGAGGGUCAAAGGACUGAGGCUGAAAUAGCUUCCCUUAGGGCUGCCUUCACUCAAGAAGUUUCUGUUUGGCACAGGCUAGAUCAUCCUAACGUGUCAAAGUUUAUAGGAGCCACCAUGGGCGCAUCAGACCUAACCAUACUGACAGAUAAUGGUCAUGUUGGCAUGCCACGUAACAUGUGCUGUGUUGUUGUUGAGUAUCUUCCUGGAGGAACUUUGAAAUCAUACCUCAUUAAGAAUCGGAGAAGGAAGCUGGCUUUCAAAGUUGUUAUCCAACUGGCAUUGGAUCUUGCACGCGGAUUGAGCUAUCUUCACUCCAAAAAGAUUGUCCACAGAGAUGUAAAAACAGAAAAUAUGCUCCUUGAUAAGACUCGAACUGUGAAAAUAGCUGACUUUGGGGUUGCUCGUGUUGAGGCUUCAAAUCCCAACGACAUGACUGGUGAGACUGGAACCCUUGGUUACAUGGCUCCUGAGGUUCUGAAUGGUAACCCCUAUAACAGAAAAUGCGACGUGUAUAGUUUUGGCAUUUGCCUUUGGGAGAUAUAUUGCUGUGACAUGCCAUAUCCAGAUCUCAGCUUCUCAGAAGUAACUUCAGCUGUUGUGCGCCAGAAUCUAAGGCCAGAGAUACCUCGGUGUUGCCCAAGCUCUCUUGCAAAUGUGAUGAAGCGAUGUUGGGAUGCAAAUCCUGACAAGCGGCCUGAGAUGGAUGAGGCAGUUUCCAUGAUAGAGGCGAUUGACACAUCAAGGGGUGGGGGAAUGAUUCCUCAUGAUCAAGCUCACGGUUGUUUCUGCUUCCGCAAACAUCGAGGGCCUUGAAAAUUUUGAUUUCACUGUGACAGGUUUGAAAGCUGUAAACUGGCAACCAAGGUUCCAGGUUGGAUUGAACAUAGGAGGAGAAAAUUGCGUUGAAGGAGAAAUUAGAUGACAUGAUUGGGCUGUCAACAAUGACCUUUUAGCUUAUAGAUGAUCAAGCAGCUGCAAAGCAAGUAGAAUUUUGUUUUGGCAUGGAUAUUGUAAAGCUUUCCGUAGGCCUUAUUUAGCAUUAUUCUUCCCUUUUCUAAUUAUCUGGGUGGUCCUUUGCAAGACCGCAAUAUCACCUCCACAAGAUUGGUAUAGUAUUAUUUUUUAGUAUAGUUGCAUUAUUAUUUAGAGAUGUUAUGCUCUUAAAGUCAGUUUGAUCUAUCAUGCUUUUGGAGCUGUGAAUAACAUAUGAUGGUACUUCUGCGGUUUACUAUUUCAUUGAAAUCAAUGUGCCGUAACCUUAGAUAUGAAUUCAUACAA